CAUUCACACACAGCGCCCAUCGCAAGCAUAAAGAGGAACCAUCGGCGAUCCAGCACAACAUGUCAAACCUCAUCGACGCGGAUGCCGGCACCGAGCGCUUCAGUGGCUAUGAAGCCGAGCUGAAGCUGGUGCAGGCCGACCUCAACCAGCAGCUCGAGGAGAUCAAAGAAUCCACGGGCGAGCCGCGAAAGGCGGCCAUCAGCAAAGCAGAGAGGGCGCUGGAGGAGGCAGAGGAGCUGAUUGGGCAGAUGCGCCUCGAAAAGUCCAACAUUCCCGCCAACCUCAAGUCCAAAUUCAACACGCGCUUUCGCAACUUCGAGCAGGACCUUGACACGACCAAGCGCAAGCUCGAGACGUACACCAACGACCGCAGCAAGCUCUUUGGUGGCCGCUACACCGACAACCCAGACACCGAUGCCCAGCUCGAGCAGCGGCAGCAGCUGCUUUCCGGCACCGACCGCCUUAACAGGUCAUCAAACCGGCUACGGGAGUCGCAACGGAUCGCCAUGGAGACGGAGCAGAUAGGCGCAAGCACUCUAGGUGACCUGCAUCGUCAGCGUGAGCAGAUCACACACACGCGCGAGAUCCUGCUGGACAGCGAGACCUACACUGAUCGCAGCAUCAAGACCUUGAAGGGAAUGGCAAGACGUAUGGCGACGAACCGCAUUAUCACCAUUGCCAUCAUAACUGUACUGGUCUUGCUCAUUAUUGCCGUUGUCUACAGCAAGUUCAGAUGAUCACACAUUACCUUGAGCGUUCGUACUGGCGUCUGGAGCACAUGUAGGAAGUUACAUUGGGUUUCGAAGUUUAAUUUAAUCGACUUUCACUCGAA